AUCACUUGCAAAUAUGAAAGUACCCGAUGGUUACUCGUCUAACAUCAAAAACUUGGUGAAUGAGACUGAAUUGAAACUAAUGGGUCUGAAAUCACAUGAUUGUCAUGCGUUAAUGCAACAUCUACUUCCAAUUGCCAUUAGAUCAGUCUUGCCAAAAAAUGUUCGAGAGUGUUUGACACAUGUUUGCAUUUUCUUUAAUAGGCUGUGCGGGAAGGAAUUAGAAUUGGAUAAGUUAGAUGCAUUACAUGAACAUGUAGUCAAAACAUUGUGCAACCUGGAAAAGUUUUUUUCGCCAUCUUUUUUCGACAUCAUGAUCCAUUUAAUGGUUCAUCUAGUGAGAGAAGCAAGGCUGUGUGGGCCGGUGUGGGCGGGAUGGAUGUAUCCAUUUGAAAGAAAUAUGAAGGUACUUAAAAGUUAUGUGCGUAACCACUAUCGGCCAGAAGCAUGUAUGGUUGAGUGCUACAUAUCUGAAGAGGCUGUGGAAUUUUGUUCAGAGUACAUGGCUGGAGUUGAGGCAAUAGGAAUUAGCAAACCAAGAACUGACCCAGAUGAUGUUGAUAGAGGAUUAAGGGGCAAAGGGACAAUGGUGACAGUGUCCAAGCUUGAACUAGAUCAAGCUCAAUUAGUCGUGAUGAACAAUAACGCAGAGGUUCAACCAUAUAUAACUGACCAUAUGGAGCUGUUACAAUCAAUGGUUCCAAGAAAUCAAAAAAAUAAACAAAAAUGGGUUGCAGACCAACAUCGUCAAACUUUCAUUGGGUGGUUAAGGAAUACCAUUAUAGCAAAGUUGAACGAACCGAAUCAUGGAGUAUCUGAUGUGUUGAGUCGUAUUGCCCUUGGACCAACUUUUGCGGUUGCAAAGCAUGAAGCGUACAUUGUAAGGGGUAAACGUUUUCAUACAAAGUCAAGAGAUGAUGCUCGAGAGGUUCAAAAUAGUGGUAUACGUAUCGUCGCAACUGUUCGAGGACGCUGA